AUGUACAGUUGCUUGAAACCUCGUCUGCCAGAAUCUGUAGCUACAAGUGAGUCUUGUGUAGGCCAAUGUGCUUUCGAUUUUGCUUCAUCGUUGCGCUCUCAGUUGGAAGGUACGGAUUCGGCAACACUACUAAAUUUGAACUACAAUGAACUGUUAAUAGCUUUUUCAAAUGCGACAUUUCUAAAGGGUUUUUGUCGAAUAUACCACGUAUUUCAACAUUGUUAUGCUUCGUGUCCACAUGGUUAUAUGCUGGAACUAUUGGCGAGAAGUUCAACUGUUAUUGACCAUUUUUGUGUUUACUAUUACAAAGAAAUUCAAGCGAAAUUCGGAUGCCUUGCGAAGCUAAAUCGUGCGGUAUCCAAACAAUGUCUUCAACACUGUACACCACACCAUCGUGCCGUCAAUUCAUUGAUGCAUAAUUUCCGUCAUCUUGCACUCAGUGGUGACUCUUCAGAUGCUGAGCGUUAUCUGAACGAAUCUUGCGAGUAUGUUAUAUGUUCAAUGCACUGUGAUCUGCCAGUCAUAGCGCAUAUGUGCAGUCUUGACACAGCAAAUUUAGUGCUGAACGUAACUCGAAAGGCAUUUGGUUCAAUGCAUCAUAUGGCCUUAGACACCGGGGCAAUUUCCAAGUAA